AUGCAGCUAUGGGGCACUUGUUCUCUUCUUGCUUCCCUGCUUGAUGUUUACGGCACUUUUAUCGUGGGCAAUAUAUUGAUUGACUUGGCCGAAGAAAGGCCGCUGGAUCCAAUCCUCGCAAUGACGAUUUUCGCAUUCGUUUUGGGUAUAGGCUCUCUCAUUGAAAAAUUCCCAUUGGCCUAUCUACAAAUUUUUGCCUUGUGGGGAGACUGGGCGAAGUGUCUGCGGCUGGUUGGUGACAACGUCCCGCUUGUAGACAUUGUUCUUCCCUGUUGCAAUGAGCCCUUGGACGUGCUUCAAGAUACGAUCUUAGGCGUGCUAGGCGUAGAUUACCCUCACGACAAAUAUCGGGUAGUCGUCGCAGAUGACGGGGCUAGUCGGGAGCUUCAAGACUGGGUAGCAAGUUUGAAAUGUCAAAGACUUUAUUAUCAUGCACGGAAAAAGCCGACUAUUCCUGAUUACAAGGCUGGCAACUUGAAUCAAGCUAUUGACUUUAUGAGCACAUUUCCUGGUGGACCUGCAGAGUACAUUGCAAGCUUGGAUGCUGAUAUGAUUCCGGAGAAGAGGUGGCUGCGUGCAGUAAUGCCUCAUAUGGUGCUUGAUUCGAGGCUUGGAAUGGUCUGUCCUUCUCAGAGCUAUUAUCACACACCACACAAUGACCUACUGAUUCAAAACGGACGAUCUUGCUGGAAUGUCGACUCCGUCUAUAGAAGUCUAGCCAAUUUCGGCCUCAAUUCAGGAUCAGGCUUUGUACUCCGCCGAGAAGCUAUAUUGGAGAUCGGAGGGUUUCCCGCACCAAGUCUCCUCGAGGAUACAUACAGUUCUGUGCUCAUGAUGUCCAAAGGUUGGAGGACUAAGUAUAUCUCAGAGGCGCUUCAAUAUGGACUUGUGCCGGAAUCUUACGUAGCAUCUGUGAAACAGUUCGUAAGAUGGCGAGUAGGAGGUGUACAACUUGCCAUGCAUUUCAAAUACUACCUAUUCCAACGCUAUACCGGUGCACUUAGCAUGAUGCAGCGAGGCUUUGGAUUGCUUAUGGGGUGGGGAUCAUUGUCUAAACCAUUCCUACAAGUACUGUUAAUGAUUGGACUACCCUGCCAACUCGUGUUCAUUGGCCCACCGCUUAUUUUCAGGGAUGCGCCGACAACAGUAUUUUUGAUUCGUCUCCAGUGCAUUUCACAGAUGUUAGGUUGGUUGUCGUACCAACACAGAACGAUAAUGUCAGACUAUCGCGCAAUGAAUCGAGAUGAUUGUGUUGAUUACUACAUGGCGCCUUAUUAUUCUUUGGCAUUGUUGAGGUCCUUUUUUCUUCCUCGAUGGCUAGGAGGCACAGAGACUGUUUUCACGGCCAGUGGAAGUAUCAAGAGCCGUAUCAACGAACGAAAUCCACAAAGGCGCGCUCCACUAGUCGUCCGCGCUCGCUUCAUGUUGUUCCAUCUAAAUGUCAUAUUCCACUUGUCCAUAUUCAUGUCGACAUUCCUGGCACUCGCGUGGGCAACCUGGAACGCUUAUGCAAAAGCAGAGCUCGGGAAUACGUCCCAUGAGCUUGUCCGCAAUGUUGCGUGGUCGAUUCCGUCGGUGAUAAAAGUCCUAUUCUCUUCAGCUAUACCGAUUCAGUAUAUGUUGGCGCCACCCGAUUGUCCCCCGCGCGAUGAAGCCAUGGGCGAGAGAGAUGAAACUGGAGCGAGAUACCCCAAACAAUCGAGCAGGGACUGUCAAAGCACCAGCCGUUGGCAUUUCGGUCUCACAGAAGCUUGUGACCUGGCACUCGUCUAUGCCGUGUUGGCCUUCAUUGGAAGUUUCUACCUACCAGCGGUGUGA